GGCCGCGAUGGCGCCUCGACGAACGUACCAACAAGAGAUGGCGUUCCUGUCGAGAGUCUCCGCGAACCAGUGGAUCGUGAACGAGGGGUUCGUUCCCAACAUGCGCGUGCCGGGGACGUUCUACGUGAACAAACACCUCGAGACGCUCAUGUUCGAGGAGCUGCAGCAGCACGUCGACAGCGGCGGCCACGGCGGGUUCCUCCCCGCGGUGAAGCAGCUCGCGAACGUCGCGUGCUUGCCCGGGAUCGUGGGCAAGUCGAUCGCGAUGCCGGACGUCCACAGCGGGUACGGGUUCUGCAUCGGAAACGUCGCCGCGUUCGACAUGAGCGAUCCCGCCGCGGUGGUCUCGCCAGGAGGCGUCGGGUUCGACAUCAAUUGCGGCGUGCGCGUCGUGCGGACGAACCUCAUGGAGAGCGACGUCGCGGACGUCAAGGAGAAGCUCGCGCAGGCGCUUUUCGAUCACAUCCCGGUGGGCGUCGGGUCGCAAGGGAUCAUCCCCACGUCCGCCGCCGGGUUGGAGUCGGCGCUGGAGAUGGGGAUGGACUGGUCGCUGCGAGAGGGGUACGCGUGGGCGGAGGACAAAGAGCACUGCGAGGAGUACGGGCGGAUGCUCACCGCGGACCCGAACAAAGUCAGCGCGCGCGCGAAGAAGCGCGGGCUCCCGCAGAUGGGGACGCUCGGCGCGGGGAAUCACUACGCGGAGAUUCAAGUCGUGGAUGAGAUCUUCGAUGCGCACGCCGCCGAGAAGAUGGGCGUGGACGCCGUCGGGCAGGUCAUGGUGAUGAUCCACAGCGGCAGCAGAGGGCUCGGUCAUCAGGUCGCGACGGACGCGCUGACGGAGAUGGAGCGCGCGAUGGCGCGGGACGGGAUCGAGACGAACGAUCGACAGCUGGCGUGCGCGAGAAUUAACUCGACGGAGGGCCAAAACUAUCUCAGCGCCAUGUCGUGCGCGGCGAACUACGCGUGGGUGAACCGGAGCAGCAUGACGUUUCUGUGCCGGCAGGCGUUCGCGAAGAUGUUCGACUCCACCCCGGACGACUUGGACAUGCACGUGGUGUACGACGUGUCGCAUAACAUCGCGAAGAUCGAAGAGCAUAUGGUGGACGGAAAGUUAAAGACGCUUCUGGUGCAUCGAAAGGGGAGCACGCGCGCGUUCCCGCCGCAUCACCCGCUGAUACCGGUGGACUAUCAAUACACCGGUCAGCCCGUGAUGAUCGGCGGGACGAUGGGGACGUGCUCGUACAUCCUCACGGGGACGCAGAAGGGGAUGGACGAGACGUUCGGGAGCACGUGCCACGGCGCGGGGCGGGCGCGGAGCCGGAACAACUCGAGGAACAAGCUCGACUACGCCGAGGUUCUGGAGAACUUGAAGACGAAGGGGAUAUCCAUACGCGUCGCGUCCCCGAAGCUCGUCAUGGAGGAAGCGCCGGAGAGUUACAAGGACGUGACGGAGGUGGUGAACACGUGUCACGACGCGGGGAUCUCGAAGAAAGCGGUGAAGCUGCGUCCGAUCGCCGUCGUCAAGGGAUGACCGCGGCGACGACGACGGGGUCGUCGUCGCGCGCGAUGCACUACACGUUGUUGUACGCGCUGUUAGCUAGCUCUACGAUAGAAAGAAUUCUCUCUGACUCU